AUGUCGCCGCCGGAGGAAGAGGGCUGGCACGCGGAGGCUUCGCUGACAGUCCGCGUGGAGGCGGGGGCGGUGCGCGGCCGCGUCGCGGAGGCGGAGGGGGCGGCGGGCUGCCACCGGCGCUACCGCUACCGCAGCUUCCAGGGCAUCCCGUACGCGCGGCCGCCAGUCGGCCAACUGCGGUUCAAGCCCCCGGAAGCGGUGGAGCCGUGGGAGGGCGUCCGCGACGCCAUCUGCGAGGGAGCGGAGUGCGCACAGCUCGACUUCUGGGAGCGCCACUACAAGGGAGACGAGGACUGCCUCUACCUCAACGUCUACACGCCGCUGGUGGAACCCGCUCCCAGCCCUGGUGGCUGGCCCGUUAUGGUGUGGGUGCAUGGGGGCGGCUUCGCCCACAGCUCGGGCACGACGCGCGAGUAUGGACCAGACUACCUGCUGGCACAUCAGGUCAUCCUCGUCACCUUCAACUACCGCCUGGGACCGCUUGGCUUUCUGACAACGGGCGACGCGGCGUGUCCCGGCAACAUGGGUCUGCGCGACGUGCUGGCGGCGCUACACUGGGUGCGUCGUAACAUCGCCGCCUUUGUGGGCGACGCCGACAACGUGACCAUCUUCGGCGAGAGCGCCGGCUCCAUCAUCUGCCACGGGCUGCUGCUCUCACCCGCCGCUGAUGGCCUGUUCCACAAGGUGAUCUGCCAGAGCGGCGUGACGUUCGCGGCAGCCCUCAACAGCCCGGUGGCGGACCGCUCGUGGCGGCUGGCGCGGCACAUGGGUCUGCCAGCGGGGGCGUCCUCCCACGAGAUGCUCGACUUCCUGCGAGGCCAGCCCGCCAGGGCACUGGUCGAGAACCAGAUGGCCGCGCGGUCCCAGCAGGACGUGGACAUGCUGGAGCAGUUCCCGUUCGUGCCGGUGCUGGAGGCGGCUGGCAGCCCGGGGGCGCUGAUCACCAGGGAGCCGGCCGACCUGCUGCGCAGCGGCGCCUUCCGCCAGCGGCCGCUCAUCAUCGGCUUCACCUCCAGGGAGGGCCUGCUCUUCUUCAAGGACAUUCUCCAAAACAAGUCAGCGAUACCAGAUCUGGACAAAAACUUCCACAAGAUCAUCCCGUCCAACGUGCCCAUGAAGGACCCUCUUCGUGUCUUCGUGGGGAAGAAGAUAAAGAAGUUCUACUUCGGCAGCCAACCGUUUGACGAGUCCAGCAUCGGCACGUACUGUGACGUGCGGGGCGACAUGCUGUUCUUGUACCCGUCGGUGCUGGCGGGCCGCCUCCACGCCCGCCUCCGUGACGCCGCUCCCCUCUACCUGUACCACUUCGCCGUCGACGGCCGCCUCAACAUGUUCAAGAAACGAUUCGGCGCUGACGCCCACACAGGUGCGAGCCACGGGGACGACGUGCUGCACCUGUUCACGGCCGACUGCUGCCGCGACGUCCAGCUGGAGCCAGACUGCCUGGAGGCCAGGACCGUCGCCCGCAUGACGCGUAUGUGGACAAACUUCGCCAAGACGGGGAACCCGACGCCGGACGCGGGCGACCCCGUGCUGGGGGGCGUGGCGUGGCCGUCCAGCGGCGGCGGCCAGCUGCGCUACCUGGACAUCGGCGGGGGCGGGCUGCGCGUGCUGUCCGAGCUGCCCCCCGCCUACCAGCGGCGCGUCGCCUUCUGGGACGGCCUGGCCGCCAGCCCCGUCGUGCUCAAGGUCGUCGAGUUCGUCGUCUGCUGCCGCGCCGCGCUGGCGCGACUCCUGCGCAGGAACUGACACGCCUGCCAGCUCAAAAGUGCGUCGGGAAUGGCACGAGUUGAUUAGGGCAAAGGUCUUGCCAACGUGGUCCCAGAAAUCUCUGUUUCCAGCUCAUAACACUCUCCUGCGUGGAAUGGAUAUUGAAAGAACUCCCUGUUACACCUGUCUCUUACUGUAUUUUACGAAUUUAUCGCCUCUCUCACAAACAGUUCAUCUUUUGUACGGUACAGGCUUCACAGUGGUAACGAGUGUGUUCUGUGUCACGUAACUUACACAACUCACAAAAUAAGACGUGCUUCUGUCACUGGCAAGAGUUGCAUAAACCGACGACUUGACUUAACUCCACAGACAAAAGUAUGAUGUUCUUUCAAUAAGUGGUCACAAAUAAUCCCAACUCAUAUUUCACUGACAAUCUCUGCUGGUGUGUGUCUGGAAUGCUUUGUUAGUAUGUAACUACGCUGCCAUACUAUAGAUGUGAAAACUUUGCACCCCCAUUGUAGUGUAACGACGUAAGUUUUGUAUAAAUGAUUUUCUUUUGACAUAUGACCAUGUGCAGACUUCGUCACCUACGUCAGUUACAAAACACUUCAAAAUUAUUUAAAUUCUUUUUAAAGUUGUCUCGCAAUGGUUCUUGAACGAAACUGUAAUUAAAACAUCAUUUGUGUCGUAUGCGCAGAAUUACGUCACUCAGUCCAAUUGGUUUGCGCAAACUUUUUUCAAUUUAGAUGUCGUUUGUUUCUUCUCAGAAAUUAUAUUAAUGCAAGUUAUCUGCUUUAAUAAAUAUUAAAACCACAUUGAAUAAACUGUUAAGACUCAAACUCGCGAUGAACGCUGUCAAAAAUUGAUAAUCUUGUCAAAUAAAUCAGUAAUACUUCUUCCUUAAUAUAAUUCUUCAUAAAUAAAUUCUCGGAACACGUAUUUAAACUGUUGUAGUAUACACUAGUUUAUUAUCUUCAUAUAUACUACAUAUAGACGUGAACAUGAGCCUCGACAAGAUAGGACUGAACAUUUACAACAUGAUUAAACUUUAUAUGACGUCAUUGUUGUAGAAACAUUACAAAUUCUUAUUUUUUCAGUUUUUAGAAGCACGACGCAACAACUCGGUUUCAGGAUCUUCUCUUGCUCUUUGCCUGUCGACCCGCGACGUAAAGUGACCAGCAAUUUUCUCUCUGGUCCCGGCAUUGAAGAUGCUGUCUCCGUUCGUUGCACCGCCCUCUCCGUACAUGAAACUUAAAAAUAAAUACAAAACUUUAGAUAAUUCACAAACAUUACAAAUAUUACAAAAUACAUAAACAAAACACUAAAUUAAACUUAUAUUCACCUGCAAACUGGGCUGACACUGGUGGAUGGGUGACGUUUCAAUUUCGCGUCCCACUACACCAUGUCGCGUGACAGUUGUCUCAUCCGUGAAAAUACUGUCGUCUAAUGUGGCAAUUAUAAAUUUCUGGAUCCCUUUAUCUACUUCUCCUUUUACGUGAGGACUCCCGGUCCCUAAUAUUGACACGUACUCUCGAAGCACUCUCAGUAUUUGUUUUACAGUUCUACUGUCUAUUGCUAGAUUUGUUUCCUUUACAAAAUAAGUCAAGCUGUGGCCAAACCUGAACCAAACGAAAGUUAGUAUUGUCUGGGAGACCUCACAGUCAUGUAGCCCAUACAUCCUACAAACUCGACAGCAACAGGCAUAACGUUUCCAACCGGUGCACACCGCUGCACCUAUACCAGAGCACCUGACCAAAUCUACACCUACAUACAUUACAAGUCGAAACGCAAAAAGAUUUCUGUGGACCCCAAGUCUUGGACCAUCAAAUAUUCCCGGACACUGAACCUUUCUGCCAGAACCAACUCACGUCUUCUCGUUCUUUCCUUUAACAGGGCCCACCUCCCCUCAUUUGUUUUCUUUGCUUUCCCCUGCAUCACUUACCCAACUGUCAUGUACCCUGAUAUAAACCCUCCCACUUAAACUUGUUCUCCUGCUGAGCGGCAUUUUGGAACACUGCCAGUCCAGGAUUGACAAUCAGGAAGAAAAGAGGAUGCUGAACAGUACAUUUAAAAGAUGAAAACAAUGUUCUGCAAUGGCUAAUUUCCCCAUUGGGAAAUUUGGCACAUUUCGUUACGAGGUGACAUGUGCACUAACCGCAACUCCUACAAAAAAUUAAAAGGUCAAUGCAGUACCGAGUUGCCCUAACCAAAGAAAAUAAGGGAAAGAUGUUCGCUUAUGAACCAGCUGAAUGCUCCACAUCAGUAUCCCUGAUGCUACCAACUCAAAAACGAGGGUCAGUCAGAAACUGAUACCACCUUUCUUUAUUAUUAUCUUACAAGGAAAGCAAAUGCCAUAUAAAUAGGAUAACAACAACAACAUUCACUAUUAAUUCGUUACUUUUCAAUAUAAUCACCAUAUUUGUUCAGUUUCUUUUUUAAUCUUCAAAUAAGAGCAUUUAUACUUGUCCAGUAAAGAUCAUGGUCUCGCUUCCUGAGACACUGUCACAAAGAAUUUUUCAGAGCCUUCAAACGGGUGACCCGAUAAUGGAAGUCAGAUGGUGCAAGUUCAGGGCUGCAUGGUCCAUAGGGCAAGACUUCUCAGUCAAUUUUUGAAUUUCGCCAGUCGUGAUGUGACUGGUGUGUGACAUUGCAUUGCCAUGCGAAAUAAGAACUGACUUCACUUUUGAUGGGCGAAGUCGUGCUUUCAACUUCGGUAGUGUUAUCAAGUGUUGGUUAGAGCUUAUUAUGCAUCUUCUCUGCAAAAAAUCAUCUAGAAUCGCACCCUCUAAAUUCCAAAACAUUGACACCAUAACCUUCACAGCAGAACGUAGUGUUUUUAAUUUUUUCCAUGUCAACAGUGUCGUUUGAUGUCAUUUCAUCGACUGCCUCUUGAACUCUGGUUCAAGAAAAUGAACCCAAGUCUCGUUUCCAGUCACAGUUUUUGACAAAAUCGCCUCUUCCUCCAUUUUGAAUCGGUGCAAUAGAUUGGAUGCAACCGUUUUUCUUGCUUCUAUAUUCUGGUCUGUCAACAUUUUCGGUACCCAGCUUGCUCUAGUUUUUGAAACUGGCAAUCACAUUGCGCUUCCAGAUGGAUAACUGGCGACACAAUUCAGCUGUUGUUACCCAGCGGUCAUUGUAAAUCAUUUGGUCAAUACAUUGGAAGUUACUGAAAGUCGCUGCACGGCCGCUCCGUGUUUCAUUAGCCAUCUAUGUUCGCUCAUCAGCUUCCCAACAGAGAUGAACCAAUCGUCUGACGGUGCUGACAUGUACUGUAGCAUUGUCACACACCGUCUCCACGUUUCUCUUUCUGCAGUAAGGAGUUGGCCAGUCUAAAAUUCACGACUGCUACAUUACCAACACGAUAAAGGAGAAAAAAAAUUGGACACAUUACUUUCUUGCUGGCUGUGGCACAUUUCCGCUUCAGCGUACAGGUGGCGCAUUCAGAUAUAACUGAAAAAAACGCACUACUUCAACGGUGUAACAUUUUUAGACAUUUACCAACCGGCAUUGGGUGAUUUUUCUUUUUACAAAACAGAAAAAGUAUUAUAGGGCAGAGAGAGAUAUUAGAUAACACAAACUUUGUGUCAUUUACAAAUGCAAAGUUGAUGCUACAUACAUAUUUAACAUUAAGAAUUGCCUGUACUUUAAAAAAUGAAGCUGGUCUUUCUGUUGAAAUAUAUGAUCAUAUAUUCAAACGUGGGUGACCGUUAAUUUAUUGCAGGGGAGGAACUGGAACUAUCAUUCAUGUUAAACUUGCAGUCUUUGUCAUUUUGAUUUCUAGUUCCUUCAGUAUUGUCACCUUCGUACCUAGCGUACCUGUUCACGUAACAUCACUUGAAAUAACGAUGUGCAUUUGCAACAUACGAAACGUAAAUUAGUCUUGUACAGUACUCAUUUUCUCUCAGGUACAAACUACAUAAUAUUUUCAACAUCGCUAACAGGCGAUAACACAAACUUUACUUUGUUUUAAUAAUUAGACUGCAACCCCAUUAUUGAAUAACAUACUAUGUAUUUUGAUUGUAUUUACAGGAUUUCAGUAUUUUUGUAAGACAUACUUAAAUUUUUCCCGCCGAAGAUAUGGUGCACCAUCUCUUGUUGCGACUCUCCGACUCAUGUAGAAGAGACAUAUUUUUAGAUCUGUCUCUGUAUCUAGCAUGAUAUCCAUCAGGUCAGAGUUGUCGCCACUGCUGGAGCCGAUGUGUUUGAUCGGACGGAAUUCUGUUCGACAAUCUGGUGCAGUUAAUGGUGCAGAUUAGAUAUGAUGUGCCACUGGGUAGGAAUGUGAAUUUUGAAUUUAACGAAGCAAUAAUGUGAUUGAUGCUACAUGUUUAUCGUAGCUGAAGAAGUGUAUGAUAUUUUUGUAUUUGAUUAUAUCUAUAAUAGAAACCUAUAGGUUAUACUUUAUUAUUGAUGUCAUAGUAUUGUAUAUGUUAAGUAUGUUGGUUUGACAGUUUAUGAAAACUGAGGAAAAUCUUUAUGCUCAAAACUGUUAAUAAAUGAAUUUUUGUUAUUGAA